AGAUAAGGCAGCGCGGGUUGGCUGGCUCCUCAUUGCUCUCCUUCUCGGUCCGAGAUGCCGGAACCCUCGAAGUCGGUGCCGGUCCCGAAAAAGGGGUCGAAGAAGGCGGUGACCAGGGUGCAGAAGAAGGACGGCAAGAAGCGCAAGCGCAGCCGCAAGGAGAGCUACUCGGUGUACGUGUAUAAGGUGCUGAAGCAGGUGCACCCAGACACGGGCAUCUCGUCCAAAGCCAUGGGCAUCAUGAACUCUUUCGUGAAUGACAUCUUUGAGCGCAUCGCGGGCGAGGCGUCGCGCUUGGCGCACUACAACAAGCGCUCGACCAUCACGUCGCGGGAGAUCCAGACGGCCGUGCGGCUGCUGCUGCCUGGCGAGCUGGCGAAGCACGCCGUGUCGGAGGGCACCAAGGCCGUCACCAAGUACACCAGCGCCAAGUGAGCCCGCUAGUGAGUCUCACGCUGCCCACAAAGGCUCUUUUCAGAGCCACCCACUCUUUCUGAAGACAGCUGGCACUCACUUCUACUUUGCGAAGUCAAGGCUUUUGGCAAAUGUGCCUUAAGCAACAGAGGAAUUGUACAAGCCUCAAGUGCCAGGUUAGAAGGGCCAACAUUUCCGCCAUCAGCAUGGUAUCAGGCAGGAGGGGAGCAGAGCUACAGUGAGUGCGGAGCUGCAGGUCUUCAGGAGUCACAACAGCGCCUAACGUCGGAGCUUAAGGGAGACCUCUGCAUGUAUAUUAACGUAAGCCACUGUGAGGCAGUUCUCAAUACAGGCCCUGCUUCGUGCUGUAGGCCUUGAAACCUGACCCCCGUGUGGCGACGUUAGGAAGCGGAGCUUUCGAGGGUUUAGAGGGCUCAUAAAAGAGGGCCUGCUCUUGCAGAAAACGGAGGAGCAAGAAGUCUGCCUCUGGGGAGUGGAGCGGUCCCUUGGCCGAUUCUGAAUGUGCUGGCUCCUUGAUCUUGCGUUUCCCAGCCUCUAAAGCAAUACGAAUUUUCUGUUAUUCAUAAGCCACCUGGUAUAUUUUGUAAUAGCAGUCCCAACAGUUUUAAUAUGCACAAAACUCCAAACUGUGCAGGCGAGAAGGAAUUUAACCCCUCCGGUCAAACGCGGACGGCCUCUAAAGGGCAAUUGUAGCAGCAGUUUCAGGGGAGCGGGUCUUACCCUCACAGAACUUUGCGAACGAUGUACCUUAUUAUAUUCUCUCAUUUUUAAAACUACUAGGUUCUGAAAUUGUAUUAGUAAAUAUUAUUAGAAAGCUCAGUUCUCGGGACAUACUUUACAGGAAGUAGAAAAAAAGGCUGAAGAAGAUUUUGUUUAUUAACAAGAAAAUGGGGGGCAGGUCAAGUCCAACUGAGAUUUAGUUAGCUUUCACUUCCGGGUUGCCCCUUCUCAGAUGUGCACAUUGGUUUAUUGUCAAGAAUAAGCGUAGUCUUGGUCUGUUGUUGUUAUUUUCAUAUAUUUAUCUAGAUUCAAUUUCUACCGUACAAGGGUUUUCCUAAUUUUUAAAAAUAUUAACCUCAUGUUUCCCUACGAGAACUGACCAGUCUGCUCCUCCGCUAUUGCUGAGUA